AUGACGCUGCCGAUGGUCGCGUUGCUAUGGCUGGCCUGCUCGCUGCUGUGGCCGGUCGGCGCCAUGCGCUCGGACUAUCUGGCCCAGCUGCGGCAGGACACGGUGGACAUGUUCUAUCACGGGUAUAGCAGCUAUAUGGAGCAUGCCUUUCCCGAGGACGAGCUGCGUCCAAUAUCGUGUGCUCCCCUGACGCGAGAUCGAGACAAUCCCGGGCGAAUCAACUUGAACGACGCCCUUGGCAACUACUCCCUGACUCUGAUAGACAGCCUCUCCACGCUUGCCAUUCUGGCUGGUGGGCCGCAGACGGGCUCAUACACUGGACCACAGGCUCUGAGCGAUUUUCAAGAUGGCGUGGCCGAGUUUGUGCGCCACUACGGAGAUGGCAGAGGAGGACCUUCUGGUGCUGGGAUACGUGCUAGAGGCUUCGACCUAGACAGCAAAGUCCAGGUGUUCGAGACGGUCAUCCGUGGCGUGGGCGGUCUCCUGAGCGCGCACUUGUUUGCCAUCGGGGAGCUACCCAUUACCGGAUACAACCCGAAGCCGGAGGGGAUCGCAGGCAAUGACCCCCUGGAGCUGCCUCCCAUCUCGUGGCCAAAUGGAUUCAAGUACGACGGCCAGCUGCUAAGACUUGCCCUCGAUCUUUCCGAACGACUGCUUCCUGCUUUUUAUACCCCAACGGGUAUCCCAUAUCCUCGGGUCAAUCUCCGCACCGGCAUCCCCUUUUACGUCAACUCUCCUCUCAAUCAAAACCUGGCCGAGGCAAUGGAGGAGCAAAGCGGCCGUCCAGAGAUUACCGAGACCUGUAGUGCUGGCGCUGGGAGCCUGGUUCUUGAGUUUACCGUCUUGAGCAGACUCACGGGGGACCCUCGGUUCGAACAAGCCGCCAAACGAGCCUUCUGGGAAGUGUGGCAUCGCAGGAGCGAAAUCGGCCUGAUCGGUAACGGCAUCGACGCCGAACGAGGGCUGUGGAUUGGGCCCCAUGCAGGUAUCGGUGCAGGCAUGGACAGUUUCUUUGAAUAUGCGCUCAAGAGCCACAUCCUUCUCUCUGGCCUUGGCAUGCCUAAUGCUUCCACAUCUCGCAGACAGAGUACGACCAGCUGGUUGGAUCCAAACUCUCUUCACCCCCCUCUGCCGGCUGAGAUGCAGACGUCAGAUGCCUUUCUCCAAGCAUGGCACCAAGCUCACGCGUCGGUCAAGCGGUACUUGUACACCGACAGGAGCCAUUUCCCCUAUUAUUCAAACAACCAUCGUGCCACGGGUCAGCCCUACGCCAUGUGGAUCGAUAGUCUGGGUGCCUUCUAUCCGGGGCUUCUGGCUUUGGCGGGCGAGGUUGAGGAAGCUAUCGAGGCGAACCUUGUCUACACGGCCCUGUGGACUCGGUAUUCCGCAUUGCCUGAGCGCUGGUCAGUUCGCGAGGGUAAUGUUGAGGCAGGCAUCGGUUGGUGGCCUGGAAGACCUGAGUUUAUCGAGUCCACGUACCACAUUUACCGUGCUACCAGGGAUCCUUGGUAUCUUCAUGUCGGCGAGAUGGUCCUCCGCGACAUCAUGCGCCGCUGCUACGCUGAAUGCGGCUGGGCCGGGCUUCAGGAUGUUCAGACGGGCGAGAAGCAAGAUCGCAUGGAGAGCUUCUUUUUGGGAGAAACGGCAAAGUACAUGUACCUGCUGUUCGAUCCAGAUCACCCGCUAAACAACAUGGAUGCCGCCUAUGUCUUUACCACAGAAGGCCAUCCGCUUAUUAUACCAAAAAACAAGCGAGGGAGUCCUAUCCGAGAGAAUGCUCGUAAAUUGAAGAAGAACAAAGAUGUCGCAGUCUAUACCUAUUAUGAUGAAACAUUCACAAACUCUUGCCCUGCGCCAGCAGCGCCUCUGGAGCACCAUCUGAUGAGUUCAGCCACUGCAGCCAGGCCGGACUUGUUUGCCGUUUCUCGGUUCACAGAUUUAUAUAGGACGCCUAACGUCCAUGGCCCUCUGGAGAUGGUUGAGAUGCGUGACAAGAAGAAGGGACGAGUGGUCGGAUACAGGGCCACUUCCAACCACACUAUCUUCCCGUGGACUCUUCCGCCGAGCAUGUUGCCCGAGAACGGAACAUGCGUUGCUCCUCCCGAGCGCAUCAUAUCGCUGAUAGAGUUUCCGGCCAAUGAUCUUACCAGCGGCAUAGCUUCGCGGUUCGGCACGCACCUUUCGUGGCAGACGCAUUUAGGACCGACGGUCAACAUGCUAGAGGGAUUGAGACUCCAGCUCGAGCAAGUGUUGGACCAGGCCUCGGGGGAUUACAAGUGGAGGAUUACGCACAUUGGCAAUACUCAGCUGGGGCGCUAUGAAACCGUCUUCUUUCACGCCGAACACAUCAAGCAUCUCAAGGACGAGGUGUUCUCCUGCAGGAGAAGGAAAGACGCGGUGGAGAUUGAGCUGCUCGUGGACAAGCCAGACAUUGGCAACAGCACGCUUGGCUUGUCCGAAGAAUUACUCGACGAGGAGAUGGAUGAAAUGAUGGACAACGACACGAUGAAUGCGGAAAAUCUGGCCUCGAACUCGUUGUUUCAAUCACUACUCCGCGCUGUGUCCUCCGUCUUCGAACCCGUCUACACAGCCAUCCCGGCGUCAGACGCCAGCGACGGCACCGCCAAGAUAUACAGCUACGACGCAUACACGUCGACCGGCCCCGGCGCGUUUCCCAUGCCGUCCAUCCCGGACACCCCCAUCGCCGGCAACCCGUUUUACAACGCGAAAUACCCGGCCUUCAACUUCCCCUGGUCGACCGUGUAUCUCGCGGAUCAGGCCUGCGACGGACCCCUCCCUGCCACCGCGCCGCGCGAGCAUCAGGUCAUCGUCAUGCGCCGCGGAGGCUGCUCCUUCAGCCGCAAGCUGGACAACAUCCCGAGCUUCUCGCCCCACGAGAAGUCGCUGCAGCUGGUCAUCAUCCUCGACGAGCCGCCGACGAGCUCGGAUGGCGCCGACGAAGACGACGACGACGGCGUGGUCCGCGAUAGGGGGGACCUCCCUCGGCCGCUGCUCGAUAGGCAGCAGACCACGCCAAAGGGCAUGAAGCGCCUACACGGCAUUCCCAUGGUCCUCAUGAGGGCCGACCAGGGCGACUACGAGCGCUUUGGCAGGGCCACGGGGGUAGGCAUGAGGAGAAAGUAUCGGGUCGAGAGCCAGGGGCUCGUUGUGGAGAAUGCCGCCGUCUUGUGA